CUUCCCUGAGGGAACUCGCCUGCUGAUUGGCGCUUUCCGUGGCCGGGGCGGGGCCAACAGCGUUGAAGGAAAAGGCGCGAGCGGGGGUGGUGGCUGGAACAACAAAUCGGUCGCGGGAUGGCAGCGGCUGGGCAGGCCCGGGAGCUCCUGGCCCAGCUGGAUGAGGCGCUGGCUUUCGAGGGGCCGACCCGAGAGGAGCUGGAGGCGGAGCUGCCAGCCAAAGUCCUGGUGGAGCAUGCUGUGGACACACGGAAGAAGCAGAAGUGGAUGUGCAGCCAGCUCCACGUGGUCAAAUUCCUGCUGGAAUUCUUGGACCAGAGGGACUCAGCCCCCUUUGACCAGAAGACCACAGAGGCAGCCGUCCGGAGCGAGAUGGUGCAAGCCAAGCAGCAGUGGAAGGAGCUGAAGGCCGGCUACCAGCAGCGGGUGGAAGCCAUCGAGGGGGCAGUGCCCCAUGUGCUGGCCCAGCUGGAGAAGGGACAGCACCUGGCGCAGCGGCUGAAGGAGGCUCUGGCGCGAUACGAGGCCCAGAGACACGAUGCUGAGAAGGCGGCAAGGGACGCCCGGGAAAGACGGCAGAAGGAGCAGGAGCAGCUGGAGGAGCGGCAGCAGCAGCUGGAGGAGCAGGUGGCUUUGCUGCGGAGCCGGGUGGAGGCUCAGCGCCAGGAACUGCACCGGCUGCAGGGGGAGCUCCAGAGCCAGGAGUGUGUCGCCAGUGACUGGAGGGAGAAGGUGGAGAGGAGCUCUGCCCUCUGCCAGCUCUUGGAGACUCUCCAAGGGGUCCGGCUGGUCUCUGCCUCUGCUGAUGGAAUUGACAUGGAGCUGACGCCCGUCCCCCAGCCGACGACCCCUGACCCCCAGGCAGUGACCCCCAACCCCCAGCCGCUGAGGCUCACCUUGUGCUGGACGGAGGAUGGGAGCAUCAGGGUGCGGAGCCACAGUCCCCUCUUCCCACCCCCCGCGCCCUGCGCUGACGUCCGCGGCACCAUCCUGGAACUGCAGCACAGCUACAGCCAGCUGGCCCCGCUCCUGACUGAGAUCCAGGCCCUCCAGACCAGGUUCCCCAUUGACUGGCAGCCCCAGGAGCGCCGGCUCCGCUUCCUGCAGCCCUCUGCCGUCUGGACGCUGGCGGUGGAGCCGGGAUACCCGGGGGGUGGGGGCGUCCGACUGCUGGCGGUGCAAGGGCAGCGUGGGCCUGGGGACCCCGGGGCCUGGAAGCCCCCCCAGGAAACCCCCUCCCUGCGUGACUGGCUGGAAUACCUGAGCACCCUGGACAUCUGAGCACCCCUCUGGGCCCCAGAGCCCCUUGUGGGGGGGAGGCGGGGGGGGGAAGCUGUCCUGUAAUAAACACACGUUUGUAAA